GACAGGAAGAACGCGAUUAUUCUAACCCGAUUUACCGGUCAUUGCGAUGUAAACAACUUGGUACCAAUAUAAUUAAUUUUAUCAUAUUUUCCGUAUAAUAGCAAAACAUAUUAAGUAUUUAAAAUGAGGUUAAGCGUAGACGGCCUUAUUGUGUAUUUUCCAUAUGAAUAUAUUUAUCCAGAACAGUAUGCCUACAUGUGCGAACUUAAAAAAGCCCUUGAUGCCAAGGGCCACUGUUUAUUGGAAAUGCCUUCGGGAACGGGAAAAACCACCACUUUACUGUCGCUCAUUGUAGCGUACAUGAUUGAGCAUCCUCAUGAUGUACGCAAAUUAAUCUACUGUUCUCGUACUGUUCCUGAAAUCGAAAAAGUCAUGGAGGAAUUGAAGAAGCUCUUAGAUUACUAUGAUAAGUUAGAUGGACAGUAUCCCAGUCUGGUUGGGUUAGUGCUCAGUUCCAGAAAGAACAUGUGCAUCCAUCCACAAGUAAGCACGGAACGAGAAGGUAAAAUUGUGGAUGGAAAGUGCCACAGUCUCACUGCCAGUUACAUCAGGGAAAGGCACAAUAUUGAUGAUACCACCGCAGUUUGCCAAUAUUACGAGGGCUUUUCGCUUGAUGGCAAAGAGAGUAAUCUGCCUUACGGUGUUUAUAACUUAGACGACAUCAAACAGUAUGGAAGGGACAGGAAUUGGUGUCCGUACUUUUUGGCCAGAUUUGCUAUUAUGCACGCCAAUAUAGUAGUCUACAGUUACCAUUAUCUUCUGGACCCAAAAAUCGCAGAUGUGGUCUCGAAAGAGCUUGCAAGAGAAUCCGUCAUUAUAUUUGACGAAGCGCACAACAUUGAUAACGUAUGCAUCGAUUCUAUGAGUGUAAAAAUACACAAGCGAACCAUAGAAAGAGCAACAGCCAAUAUAGGAACUUUGGAGAAACAUGUGUCUGAAAUGCGAGAUGAAGAUCACAGAAAACUGAAAGAGGAAUAUCAGCGGCUUGUAGAAGGAUUACGAGAUGCUAGCGUGGCAAGAGACACCGACUUAAUACUUUCAAAUCCAGUUUUGCCCGAUGAAAUUUUGCAGGAAGCCGUGCCGGGAAAUAUUCGAAAUGCCGAACACUUUAUUUGUUUCCUAAAGCGGUUUGUCGAAUAUUUGAAAACAAGAUUAAGAGUGCAGCAUGUGGUACAAGAAUCUCCGGUGGGUUUCUUGAAAGACGUCCAGCAAAAAGUGUGCAUUGAAAGGAAGCCGUUAAGGUUUUGUGCGGAGCGUCUAGCGUCGCUUUUACGCACUUUAGAAAUUACAGAUAUGACCGAAUUCGGACCUGUUGUCCUUAUUACGCAUCUGGCCACCUUAGUUUCAACCUAUACCAAAGGAUUCACAAUAAUUGUUGAGCCCUUUGAUGACAAAACUCCCACUGUAUCAAAUCCCAUUUUACAUUUCAGCUGUUUAGACUCCUCAAUAGCAAUUAAGCCUGUCUUCGACCGGUUCCAAACGGUGGUAAUAACGUCUGGAACGUUGUCACCUUUGGACAUGUAUCCGAAAAUACUAAAUUUUCAGCCUGUGAUAAUGUCGUCCUUUACGAUGACUCUGGCGAGGCCGUGCUUAUUGCCGAUGAUAGUUGCAAAAGGUAACGACCAAGUUGCGAUAUCAUCAAAAUUCGAAACCCGCGAAGAUAACGCAGUUAUAAGAAAUUAUGGACAGUUGUUAGUAGAGGUUGCGGCAAAUGUCCCUGAUGGUAUAGUGUGUUUCUUCACAUCCUAUCUGUAUUUGGAGUCGGUGGUAGCUGCUUGGUAUGACCAGGGAGUUAUCGACAGUCUGCAAAGGUACAAGUUGCUGUUCAUAGAAACACAGGACUCUGCAGAAACCAGCUUCGCGCUAAUGUAUUAUAUUAAGGCUUGUGAAUCCGGACGAGGUGCUGUUUUGCUAUCGGUAGCACGGGGCAAGGUAUCUGAAGGAGUGGACUUCGAUCAUCAUCUGGGAAGGGCUGUUUUAAUGUUUGGUAUUCCAUAUGUCUACACUCAGUCCAGAAUAUUGAAGGCCCGAUUAGAUUAUCUCAGGGAUCAGUUUCAGAUUAGGGAGAACGAUUUUCUGACUUUCGACGCGAUGAGACAUGCGGCCCAAUGCGUAGGAAGAGCAAUUAGAGGGAAAACCGAUUACGGUAUUAUGAUUUUCGCCGACAAACGAUUCUCUCGGGCAGAUAAAAGAUCGAAGUUGCCCAAAUGGAUUCAAGAGCAUUUGAAGGAUAGCCUUUGCAACCUGUCUACCGAAGAAGCGAUACAGAUUGCCAAGAGGUGGUUAAGGCAGAUGGCUCAACCAUUCACCAGAGAGGACCAACUAGGAGUGUCUUUGUUAACGCUAGAACAACUUGAGGCGAUGGAAGAGAAAAAAUUGGGGGAUCAAGCACAGCAGAAGUCGGAUUCAUGAGUGUUGUUUAGAUGAUUUGACUGUUUAGUUUUGCAUAAAAAAAAUCAAGUUUCUAUGUUUAUAUUAAAUUACCAAUUUUUCAAUUUG